UACCUCAAUGCUUUAACCGCUACGUUAUUGAUAAAGUAUCGACUCUCCUUCUCUAACACACAUAGUAAACCAAGUCUGGAUGUGUAGUGCAUCUACAAGAGAGAAUGGUGUGUGUUUUUAGAUUCAAAGUUUAUUGGUGCAGCGAAAUGCUUAUGUUUCUAGCUCUGACAGGAGUCAUAUUAGCAAUAAAAUAACCAAAAAGUAUCAGAACAAGCAGACAGAAUCCGGAAAGUGUGUGUGUAUGAAUAUGUGUGUGUGUGUGUGUGUGUGUGUGUGUGUGUGUGUGUAUAUGAAUAGAAAAGGUAUGUACAGCAGUAGUUAUAGGAUGACCCAUGACUAGAAUACAGUGCCUUCAGGAAGUAUUCACACUCUUUGACUUUUUCCACAUUUUGCUGUUACAGACAGAAUUUAAAAUUGAAUAAAUUGAGAUUUGUCACUAACCUACACAAUACUACAUAAUGUCACAGUGGAAUUUUUUUUUUUAAUGUUUAUAAAUUAAUCUCUGAUUUGGUCCCGCUGUACAUACCUACAUGUAUGCUACGGUCACAAGACGCAGGCCUUAUUGUCCCUAGAAUUUCUCUGCAAACGGCAGGGAUUUCUCCUAUAGAGCUCAAUUUUUAUGAAAUGGUCUGCAUAUCUCUGUGAGAGACGCAGACCCUGUCUCGACCUUUAAGUCCUUGCUGAAGACUCAUCUUCAGUAGGUCCUAUGAUUGAGUGUAGUUUGGCCAAGGGGUGCGAAGGUGAACAGCAAGGCACUGGAGCGACUAACUGCCCUUCCGCCCCCUUGGGCUCAUGCGGUGGAGGAGAACUUUGUGGGCUCAGCCUUGUCUCAGGGUAGUGAGUUGGUGGUCUGUUGAUAUCCCUCUAGGGGUGUGGGGGCUGUGCUUUGGAAAAGUGGGUAGGGUUAUAUACUACCUAGUUGGCCCUGUCUGGGGGUAUCGUCGGACGGGGCCACAGUGUCCCCUGAUUCACCCAUGUCUCCAGUAUCUAUGCUGCAGUUGUCUAUGUGCUUAGGGAGCUAGGGUCAGUCUGUUAUAUCUGGUGUAAUUCUCCUGUAUUAUCUGGUGUCCUCUGAAUUUAAAUAUGCUCUCUCUAAUUAUCCUUCCCCUCCCGGAGGACCUGCGCCCCUGGAUCAUGAUUCAGGACUACCUGGCCUGAUGACUCCAGGCUGUCCCCAGUCCACCUGGUCCUUCUGCUGCUCCAGUUUAAACUGUUCUGCCUGCGGCUAGGAAACCUUGACCUGUUCACUGGAUGUGCUACCUUGGCCCGGACCUGCUGUCUCUACCUCUGAAUGCUCGGCUAUGAAAAGCCAACUGACAUUUACUCCUGAGGUACUAACUUGUUGCACCCUCUACAUUCACUGAUUUAUUAUUUGACCCUGCUGGUCAUCUAUGAACGUUUGAACAUCUUGAAGAACAAUCUGACCUUAAUGGUGAUAUAAUCUCCGCCUGGCACAGCCAGAAGAGGACUGGCCACUCCUCAGAGCCUGGUUCCUCUCUAGGUUUCUUCCUAGGUUCCUGCCUUUCUGGAGUUUUUUUCCUAGCCACUGCUUCUCCAUUGCUUGCCUUUUGGGGAUUUAGGCUUGUUUUCUGUAUAGCACUUUUUGACAUCCCUUUGAGCCAGUCAGUACAAAGAUACAGGUGUCCUUCCUAUUGAUUACACUUUGGGUGGUGUAUCAAUAGACCCAGUCAGUACAAAGAUACAGGUGUCCUUCCUAACUCAGUUUCCGGAGAGAAAAGAAACUGCUUAGGGAUUUCACCCUGAGGCCAAUAGUGAUUGAAUACAGUUACAUAGUUUAAUGGCUGUGAUGGGAGAUACCUGAGGAUGGAACACAACAUACUAACAAACACAAUACUAACAUAAAAAAUGAAACCUGUACAGAAUAAAAAAUAUUCCAAAACAUGCAUCCUGUUUGCAAUAAGGCACUAUAGUAAAACUGCAAAAAAAUGUGACAAAGAAAAAUUACUUUUUGUCCUGAAUACAAAGAGUUAUGUUUAGACAAAAUCCCAACACAUCACUGAGUACCAUUCUCAAUAUUUUCAAGUGUGGUGAGUUUUUUUGGGGUGAUAAAAAUAAGAAUAAAGCUAACCAAGUUCAGUCUGCUUUUCAACAGACACUGGGAGACAAAUUCGCCUUUCAGCAGGACAAUUACCUAAAACACAAGGCCAAAUAUACACUGGAGUUGCUUACCAAGACGACAUUGAAUGUUCCUCAGUGGCUUAGUUACAGUUUUGACUUAAAUCGUAUUGAAAAUCUAUGUAUAAUCCUGGUCUGCAAAGAUCUUAGAUUUAACCCCGCCCCCCAUAAAAUAAAAAUGAAUGUUCUAAAGUUAAUUUCCUGCAAUUCUGCACAUUUUGCCAUGGGGCGCAGCGAAAAUGUUUUUUUUAAGCACCCUUUCUGCAGUUCUACAUAUUAUGCCAUGGGGCCGAGGUAAUUUUUUGCAGUUUCUCAACCAGCUUCACCUGGAAUGUUUGUCCAGCAGUGUUGAAGGAGUUCCCACAUAUGCUGAGCACUUGUUGGCUGCUUUUCAUCCUGGAGUCGCAUCUUCACUGUUGACGUUGAGACUGGUGUUUUGAGGGUACUAUUUAAUGAAGCUGCCAGUCGAGGACUUAUAAGGCGUCUUGUUUCUCAAACUAGACACACUAAUGUAGCUGUCCUCUUGUUCAGUUGUGCACCUGGGCCUGCGACUCCUCUUUCUAUUCUGGUUAGAGCCAGUAUGCACUGUUCUAUGAAGGGAGUAGUACACAACAUUGAACGAGAUCUUCAAUUUCUUGGCAAUUACUCGCAUGGAAUAGCCUUCCGUUCUCAGACCAAGAAUAGACUGACGAGUUUCAGAAGGUCCUUGUUUCUGGCCAUUUUGAGCCUGUAAUCGAACCCACAAAUGCUGAUGCUCCAGAUACAGGGGGCGGCAGGUAGCCUAGUGGUUAGAGUGUUGGACUAGUAACUGAAAGGUUGCAAGAUCGAAUCCCCGAGCUGACAAGGUUAAAAUCUGCCUGAACAAGGCAGUUAACCCAGUGUUCCUAGGCCAUCAUUGAAAAUAAGAAUUUGUUCUUAACUGACUUGCCUAGUUAAAUAAAGGUUAAAAAAAUAAAUACUCUACUCAUCUAAAGAAGGACACUUUUAUUACUUCUUUAAUCAGAACAAUAGUUUUCAGCUGUGCUAACAUAAUUGCAAAAGGGGUUUCUAAUGAUCAAUUAGCCUUUUAAAAUUAUAAACUUGGAUUAGCUAACACUAGGACCCUGUCCUUCAAAGAUAAAGAAUUAAAAUCCAAAUAACUUCACAGAUCUUCAUUGUAAAGGGUUUAAACACUCCCAUGCUUGUUCGGGGGAACCAUAAAAAAUUAAUGAACAUGCACCUGUGGAACAGUCAUUAAGACACUAACAGCUUACAGACGGUAGGCAAAAGAAAGAUGCCCAGGGUCCCUGCUCAUCUGCGUGAAUGUGCUUUAGGCAUGCUGCAAGGAAGCAUGAGGACUGCAGGUGUGGCCAGGGCAAUACAUUGCAAUGUCAGUACUGUGAGAUGCCUAAGACAGCGCUACAGACAUCCUCCUCAUGUGGCACCCUUCCUGCAGGCUCAUCCUGACAUGACCCUCCAGCAUAACAAUGCUACCAGCCAUACUGCUCAUUCUGUGCGUGAUUUCCUGCAAGACAGGAAUGUCAGUGUUCUGCCAUGGCCAGCGAAGAGCCCGGAUCUCAAUCCCAUUGAGCACGUCUGGGACCUGUUGGAUCGGAGGGUGAGGGCUAGGGCCAUUCCCCCCCCCAGAAAUGUCUGGGAACUUUCAGGUGCUUUGGUGGAAGAGUGGGCUAACAUCUCACAGCAAGAACUGGCAAAUCUGGUGCAGUCCAUGAGGAGGAGAUGCACUGCAGUACUUAAUGCAGCUGGUGGCCACACCAGAUACUGACUGUUACUUUUGAUUCUGACCCCCCCUUUGUUCAGUGACACAUUAUUCAAUUUCUGUUAGUCACAUGUCUGUGGAACUUGUUCAGUUUGUCUCAGUUGUUGAAUCUUGUUAUGUUUUACAAAUACCCUGAUGAAGACAGCUUGGCUGUCAACGUUUGUAAUUACAUUUUUGCAUCUGAGCUCCUAGAGUGUGCGGCUCUCUUUAAUUUUCAAGCAUACAAAUAUUUACACAUGUUAAGUUUGCUGACAAUUAAUGCAGUUGAAAGUGAAAGGACAUUUUUUUUUGCUGAAUGUGUGUGUGUGUGAUAUAUAUAUAUAUAUAUAUAUAUUUAAAAAAAUAAUAAUUUAACUAGGCAAGUCAGUUAAGAACUAAUUCUUAUUUACAAUGACUGCCUACAUCGGCCAAACCCGGACGACGCUGGGCAAAUUGUGCGCUGCCCUAUGGGACUCCCAAUCACGGCCGUUUGUGAAAUGGCCUGCAUCCGAACCAGGGUGUCUGUAGUGAUGCCUCUAGCACUGAGAUGCAGUGCCUUAGACUGCUGUGAAACUCGGGAGAUGUGUGUGUGUGCGCACAUAUUUUUGUGUACUUUUUACCCCUUUUUUUCUCCCCAAUUGGUAGUUACAGUCUUGUCCCAUUGCUGCAACUCCUUUACGGACUUGGGGCGGCAGGGUAGCCUAGUGGUUAGAGUGUUGGACUAGUAACCGAAAGGUUGCAAGUUCGAAUCCCCGAGCUGACAAGGUACAAAUCUGUCGUUCUGCCCCUGAACGACUGUUCCUAAGCAGUCAUUGAAAAUAAGAAUGUGUUCUUAACUGACUUGCCUAGUAAAAUAAAGAUAAAAUAAAAAAAGGUUGAGAACCACACAACCUCCAAUACACGACUUCGUCAGUCUCUUGGUCCUAGCUUUGUACUGUCUCUGUCUUCUAGAUUGGGGUUCCCAAACUUUUUCACUCGGGGGGGGGGGGGACACACCGCAAAUAUAGCUUGUGAUGCUAGCAGGGUUAUCGUUAGGUUGUAGCAUUUGGUUUACUUUAGAUUUUUGAACCAUAAAUGUUGGUGAUAACUAGCUAGCUAAGCUACUGUGUUUAUACACACACACUAGAUAAGAGCAUUCGCUAAAUGACAAAAAUGUGUUGUAACGAAGCUUGCAAGUAAUUUCCAUAUUUCCUCCUUUUCCACAUCUGUGCAGCUAGACUGAUUUGUAAUGGAGCUGCCCAAUUACACCAGGCUGCUAAUGCAGCAGCUCCGCGCCCUGAGGAAGGAGGGUAAGUUCUGCGACUGCUCUAUCAUCGUGGGGGACACCCCCCAUCGCACCCACAAACUGGUGCUGGCCGCAUCCAGUCUGCUAUUCAGGUCUCUGCUGGAGGGCACAGGCAGCAUCUGCAUCGACACGGACUUAGUGUCUUCCCAGGAGUUUUCCUACGUGCUGGACAUGGUGUACACCGGAAAAAUGUCCCCAGGGAAACACAACUUCACCCUCAUCAUCGCCGCCGCAGACAGCCUGCAGAUGUUCGACGUGGGCAACAAGAACAUCGACACCAACCUGAUGAGGCAGUUGACUACACAACCAGUCUCACCGCCACCCACCGCCACCCAAUCACAGCUCAAACAGUUUCAGAGCCAGGGGGCCAAGCACACAGCUUCCCCAGAGACAGCUGCCCCUAGCAUUGGAGAGUGUGGUGUGAAGAUUCCCUUCACCUGGACUCCAGAGGGUCAAAGGUGGGUGAGGGAGGUUUGGAAGGUGGAGUGACCACAGAAGCCAGAGUGAUCACAGCAGCCAAACAUAGCGAGUCAAUGAAUGUGAACGAGGACAGGAAAGAGAAGGCCGGCCCACCAUCUAAAAGAGCUCACCUACAACUUCCAGAGAGCACAGCUGACGUGGACCCCCUGUCUCAGGGAGGUGCCAAUAUGGUUGGAGAUGGAGGAUGUGCAGCAGUGGCUGAGAGCACUGCAGACUUGCGACAAUAUCUCCUGAGGAGAAACAGGUGAAACUUUGGCAUGACUGGAAGUCUCUUAUCUGACAGAGCACACAAAUCAACACAACACUCUAGUCGUUAAAGUGUGUGUGUGUCGACCACUGUGUGUGUGAACCACUCUUCCUCCACAGCGUUUACAGCAUUAUUAUCUCAGGGGAUACUGUCGUGCUGUGAGGGAGAUCCCAGGGGUCCUGCUGUGUUCCAUAGGCUCCAGAACAGAGGUGAGAGAAAAGGAGUAUCUCAGCCCAGACACUACUCACCCUGCUGGGCCUGCUCAAGGAGUUUAACCCCCAUUUGGCAACACUGCUGCUUUGAAAGGUGAGAACAGCAGACAGGGAGCUAAAGGGUAGUGUGUGUUCGAAUCCCAGGAACACCCAUAUGUAAAAUGUAUGCACGCGUGACAAAGUUUCUUUGGAUAAAAGUGUCUGCGAAGUGGAAUAUAUUAUAUUACUUAUCAUAUCUUUCCGCACACAACAAAUGUCAGGCCUGUGGUAUCAUAACCGUACCAGCCACCCAGAGGUGUUUGCAGGACAGACCCACCGACAGCUCUAGUCUCUGAUGCAGUGCAGCGUAUGUUGUAAGUUCUUCCCUAGUGCCAGGAGCCUGGCCAAGCACAAGAGGAACCCAGGUGAUGACACCCACAGCUGGGGAGAGACCCAGGAAAGGCUUUCAGACCUAACCUACCCUGUCCAUGCUAUUACAUUACAACCCCCCUUUUAUUUGCUUGGGUACCCAACUGACAUAAUAUCUUCUUAUUGUUGUUGUUGGUUUAGUGUUGUCCAUCCCUGUUAAGGAAUAUGCCAUUUGGGGUGUAUUAUGUAUUCCUUCCAAUCCCUUGUGUCUCCUAAGGGCAUGUUUGAUUCUGACGUGCUGCUGGUGGGGAAUCCAGACCUGCCAUCAGACUCAUCAGUGGUGAAGUGCCUGUACUGUCCCAGCCUGUUCUACCAGCGAGGCUGAGAUGCAGGAGCACGUCAGCACCGAGCAUUUCAGCCAGGAGGGGGCAGUGUUCAGCUGCUCUCUCUGCCAGCUGUAGCUCCAGGAGCACUUGCUCUCCUGCCACAUAGAGGCGCUAGAGGAGCAGGAGCAGGCCUCCAGCUCCCAGAUGGUGAUUGAGACAGAGGACACUGCUGGUGGGGCAGAACAAGUGAUCUCUAUGGACCAAUCCCAUGAGGUGUUUGUUGCCCUGGGAGACGGAGAAGAUGGUCUCUCAAGCACGGAGGUGAUGGUGGUUAACCUGGAGGACCUACUGAACGGAACUGUCACCUUUAUAUGUGGAGGUGACCUCUGACCCCUAGUCUCUACUUCCCGGGGAAGGAGGAACUGUCCUAGCAAUAGUGGCAGCUUGGAAUGAAUUAAACAAACUUGACACUGGCAAUGCCACUGGUUUUGUAUCCUGUAAUAGCUGUAAAUAUUGAGAUGGUGUGUACGCUUAUACACUAAGUGACAAAGCGUAACCUUUGAACCCUCAGGAUUGGUGUCUUUGUAUUAAUAAUCACUCUGUUAUUGCCCUGUGUAGAGCUGUGUAUGGAUCUUUAGUAUUUAUUUCCUUUUGAACUGGCGUGUGAAGCCUUGCUGUAUGAGUGUUGUACACGGUUGGUUGAUAAAUCUGUGAAAUCCAGCACCGUGAGGUUUUUAAAACACUACUUUCCAGAACCUUUAAAUAAUAUUUACCAACAAUAUAAUUAUUCCUCAAACAAAUAAUGGGAUUCAAGGUUUUUAUUGAGACACAACAAAUCAGCAGGUUCACAGCAACCUUAGUUGUCUAUUGCCGCAAGCUUACAUUAAUGGUUCACUAGACGGAAUCAUAGCGCAGCGUUAGUCAGUCUGGUGUAUAUACACGCUUGACUGAGGAGGUAUGGGCCUCCUUAAAAUGAACCCAAAUUACUGACCAUUAAUUUAUACUCACCUUAUUCAAUGAUCACACUUGAGGUCGAUGUUGCCGUCAAACACAGAUCUAUAUAUGAUUAGAUUUCCCCUACCUGAUAUUAAUGCUAACAGGGGGCUGAGAAAAUAUCUACUGCUGGAUCAGUGGUUAGUGGUCACUUCUUCUUCUUAAUCUUUUCCCAUGUAUUCUUACAAAUGAAAUAAAAAGAUAUGUGAUUGUGUCUCAAUGUAAUCGAGGUAUGAAAUGAUUGUUAUUUUCAAAUAAAAUCUAUUUUUGGAUUUA